GACAUUCGAUAGAACCCAAAUAGAAGCAAUUGCAAAACUAAACAUGAAACAAUUUGUGGUAUUGGCGCUCGUCUACUGCCUGGCCUUAACCCUGACAUGGGCCCAUCCGCUGGUGCUGGAGGAGCAGCCACAGCAGCUGACGCUCGAGGACGUGGAUGCUCAGCCAGUGAAUGAUGCGGAUGGUGGACGUGAGGCUCGUGGUUUCUGCUGCGGUGGUGGCUUUGGACGUGGAGGCUUUGGCGGUGGCUUCGGAGGUCGCCGCUUUGGCGGUGGUGGUUUCGGAGGCCGCGGCUUUGGAGGUGGCUAUCCAGGCGGUUUCGGCGGUGGCUAUCCAGGCGGUGGCUAUGGAGGCGGUUCAGCUUCAGCAUCAGCAUCGGCCAGCGCAAGUUUUGGCGGCGGCUAUGGCAAAUAAACUAAAUCCAAUUGCAAUGUAAAAUUAAAUGAAAUAAAAUUUAAUAAACAUUAAGUAAGAACCGACUGCUUAAUACUCUAUC